CCCAGUCCGCGGGCUAAAUGCUAAACAAUUACUCUUUCUCAGUUAUCCUUGCGGUUCUUGUUCCUGCAAUUAAACCCGAUGCCUGUCCCUCAGGCGACGCUAGGCAUUUGAUGCUCCCUGAUCCAAUCCGUUGCCGUCGAACCUCCACAGAAUCCCGCGAUCGGACGAACCGACGAAGCUGAUUGACAUCCAAAUCUGCAGUUCUCCUCGAAAAGGCCCAGCCGAUUAUCUCACAAUGGAUGCCCAAGCAGCUACCGAGCCCAGAACUCACAGCGACUAUACUGUGGGAUGGGUCUGCGCUCUGCCCAAAGAACAAACCGCGGCGACAGCUAUGCUAGAUCACAAGCAUGACGAUCUUCCGAAACUAUCAAAUGAUCACAAUACGUAUACCCUAGGAUCCAUCGGCAAGCAUAAUAUCGUCAUAGCCUGCCUUCCUAAAGGCGAGAUCGGAACAAAUUCGGCGGCGACUGUCGCGACCUCGAUGGCCAACGCCUUUCCAUCCAUUAAGAUUGGUCUAAUGGUUGGCAUCGGCGGCGGUAUUCCACCUAAGGUUCGGCUUGGCGACGUUGUGGUCAGCUCACCAGUGGGCCAGUAUCCUGGGGUGGUUCAGUGGGACUUGGGCAAGGCGAAAGAAGGGGGCAAGUUCGAGCGGACUGGGUCGCUAAACAACCCCCCUUCCUCGCUCCGCACUGCCUUAACGAAACUGGAGACCGAACAUGAAAUGAGCGGAUCUAAGAUACCUCAGUAUCUAGAGGAUCUAAAACGCAAAUGGCCAAGGCUGGCGCUGAAGUACGCCAGCCGUGAUCACCUUGAGGACCCUUUCGACGUACCGGACGAUCCACCUCGCAGCCAAAAAGCAAUCCAGGGCCUUCCUUCCAUGGAGUCUGGGGCCAAGCAAGUGGAGGACACCGCGGUGAACACUGCGGUUGAUGGAGAUGGCGGGAAGCUGCGAAAUGUGUAUGUGCAUUACGGUCUGAUCGCAUCUGGUAACCAGGUCAUUAAAGACGCUGCGUUCCGAGAUAGGCUCAACGAGGAGUUUGGUGGCCAUGUUCUCUGUGUCGAAAUGGAAGCGGCGGGACUAAUGAACAACUUCCCGUGCAUUGUCAUCCGAGGCAUCUGUGAUUACGCAGAUUCGCACAAGAAUAAAGAUUGGCAGGAGCACGCGGCGGCCGUGGCUGCAGCAUUUGCGAAGGAGCUUUUGCAAUAUGUGCAGUCAAGUGCGGUUAUCGGAGAGCGUCCGGUAAAGGAUAUAUUGGAGCACACAUUAAAGCAGGUUCACAAAGAGACAUCCGCAACUCGAGAAGACGUCACCCAUAUCAAGUCCAAAUUGGAGAAAGAGGAAGAUAGAGAAGUCCUCGACUGGCUCACAAAAAUCGACUACGGUCCGCAGCAAAGCGACUACCUUAAGAGACGGCAACCAGGAACCGGGCAAUGGCUCCUUGACUCAGAAAAGUUCAAGGGUUGGUUGUCCGCCAGCAAUCAGACACUCUUCUGUCCAGGUAUCCCCGGGGCGGGAAAGACGAUCUUAACGUCAGUCGUGGUUGACUAUCUCGGUUCCAAGUUUUACAACGACCCGAGGAUCGGCAUCGCAUACAUCUACUUCAAUUUCCAGCGGCAAGACGAGCAGAAGAUUGAUGCCUUGCUGGCGAGUGUGCUGAAACAGAUAGCCGAGAGCCAACCAUCUGUUCCAGGAAGCGUUAAAGAUCUCUUUGACAAGCAUAAGGCCAAGAAGACGCGGCCAUCACUUGACGAAACCUUGAGAGUUCUCCAGUCCGUGGCGGCGACGUGUUCGAGAGUCUUUAUCGUUCUUGAUGCACUUGACGAAUGCCAAACAUCCGAAAGCUGCCGGAAGACGUUUCUCUCCGAGCUCUUCAACCUACAGAAAAUGCAUGGAAUAAACAUCUUUGCGUCAUCGAGGUAUAUCACGGAGAUCGUUGAUCGCUUCAAAACCAGCAUAUCACUGGAGAUCCGUGCAAGUACUGCCGAUGUUGCACAAUACCUAGAAGGUCACAUGUCGCAGUUACCAUCUUUCGUCGAACAGGACCGACAGCUGCGAGAAGAGAUUACGGCGGGGAUUUCAGAAGCCGUCGAUGGAAUGUUUCUCUUGGCACAAAUCUAUCUUAAUUUGCUUUGUGAUAAGAUGACACCAAAUGAUAUUCGAAGCACAUUGCAAGUCUUCCGGAACCAAGGGCAAAGCCGAGACGAGGACCAGAAGGCCCAGGUACUGAGCAGUGCGUACGACAAAGCAAUGAUGAUAAUCGAUGGGCAGAUGCCGGGUCGCAAGAAGCUUGCGAUGGAGGUUCUGGCAUGGAUCACGUGCGCAAAGAGACAGCUUACCACGUUAGAACUCCGGCACGCCCUUGCAACUAAGCCGGGAAAGUCCGAGCUUAACGACGGAGACUUGCCAUACAUCGAAGACAUGGUCUCUGUAUGUGCUGGACUGGUAACGAUCGAUGAACACAGUGGCAUUAUCCGGCUGGUUCACUAUACAACGCAAGAAUAUCUCGAGGGGACGCGGCAACGAUGGAAUCCGAACGCAGAAUUUGAGAUCACGACAACCUGCGUUACUUACCUCUCAUUCACCGUCUUUGAGACCGGGUACUGCACAACGGCCCGUAAGUUUGAGGAGCGGUUACAGUCAAACCCGCUCUACGAUUACGCCGCGCGCAACUGGGGGCAUCAUGCACGCAAGGCUGCAACAUCGAGUAAAGUGGUUGUGGGCUUUCUUGAGAGUAAAGCUAAGGUCGAAGCAUCGAGUCAAGCGCUGAUGGACGACAAGCAAAUCAACUACAGUCAAGGACAUCCAAGGAAUGGGACGGGACUACAUUUAGCAGGAUACUUUGGAGUCAUCGAGGCCGCAGAUGAACUCCUCAGGCGUAGACCCGAUCCAGAUGUGACAGAUACCUCCAGCAGAACGCCGCUGUGGUAUGCUGCCCAAAACGGGCACGAGGCCGUUAUUGAAAAGCUGCUCGCAGCGGGAGGCGACGUUAAUGCUGCUUCUGCUUAUGAAGGUGGCCAGACGGCGCUCCAAGCAGCCGCUGGACGAGGCCAUCUCCAGGUGGUCGAGAAGCUGCUCGCAGCGGGAGCCGACGUUAAUGCUGCUUCUGCUUAUGAAGGUGGCCGGACGGCGCUACAAGCAGCAGCUGGACGAGGCCAUCUCCAGGUGGUCGAGAAGCUGCUCGCAGCGGGAGCCGACGUUAAUGCUGCUGCUGCUUCUUCUUUUGGCCGGACGGCGCUGCAAGCAGCAGCUGAAGGAGGCCAUCUCGAGGUAGUCGAGAAGCUGCUCGUAGCGGGAGCCGACGUUAAUACUGCUACUGCUUUUUCUUUUAGCCAGACGGCGCUGCAAGCAGCAGCUAGACAAGGCCAUCUCCAGGUGGUCGAGAACCUGCUCGUAGCGGGAGCCGACGUUAAUGCUGCUACUGCUUCUUUUGGCCGGACGGCGCUGCAAGUAGCAGCUGAAGGAGGCCAUCUCGAGGUGGUCGAGAAGCUACUCGCAGCGGGAGCCGACGUUAAUGCUGGUGCUGCUUCUUCUUUUGGCCGGACGGCGCUCCAAGCAGCCGCUGAAGGAGGCUAUCUCGAGGUGGUCGAGAAGCUGCUCGUAGCGGGAGCCGACGUUAAUGCUGCUUCUGCUUAUGAAGGUGGCCGGAUGGCGCUACAAGCAGCAGCUGGACAAGGCCAUCUCCAGGUGGUCGAGAAGCUACUUGUAGCGGGAGCCGACGUUAAUGCUGCUGCUGCUUAUGAAGAUGGCCAGACGGCGCUGCAAGCAGCAGCUAAAGGAGGCUAUCUCCAGGUGGUCGAGAAGCUGCUCGUUGCGGGAGCCGACGUUAAUGUUGGUGCUAUUUAUGGCCGGACGGCGCUGCAAGUAGCAGCUGGACGAGGCCAUCUCCAGGUAGUUAAGAAGCUGCUCGCAGCGGGAGCCGACGUUAAUACCCUUACUUCUGAUGGCUGGACGGCGUUCCAAGCAGCAGUUGAGAAAGGCUAUCCCAAGUACACGGCAAUUCACCACAUUCUGUCUCGGCUCGAACAGCGGCCUAAUAUAUCUAUUUGUGAUGGCGGAGUUGAUCCGGCAAUACCACCCCUUAGCAGGACCGGCGUCACUGAUAACAGCAUGAGCGAAACCCAGGCGCCGACGCUGGAGUUCAAACUGGAGGGUUAG